AUGCCUAGCAAUGCAUGUUCUGUUGCAUCCUGUAAAAGCAGGUACUACAACAAAACAAAGCAAGGUAGGGAAGACCUGAUAUUUUUCAGGUUCCCCAAAAAUCGAGAAAUUCAGAAGGAAUGGCUAAGAAGAUGUUACCGCCAAGACAAAAUUAAUCCACGAAAUCGUAGGAUUUGUAGUUAUCAUUUCAAUCCAAGUGAUUUUGAGGAUGAAGCUCAAGCCAAACGUAUGGGAUGUCCAGCGCGAAAACUCAAAAAAGAUGCAAUACCGUCACUGUUUUUACCCACAUCAGAAGAAGACUUGUCUGAAAUAAACUCGCAAAGAAAAAUAGGAUAUUUGCAAAAAGAUAAAGCCAUUGUAGAAGACAAAAUGACAUCUGUAUUACAAACCCCUAUUGACGGUAAAUGUCCAGAUUCAUUAGAACCACUUGGAAAGAAUACCAAAACUGAUACCCCCUUUUGUAUGAAGAAUAUUGACAUUUCUCAAGUGGCUUCAUCAAGCAAGGAAUCGGAUCUUGAAAUUCUGAAAAGAAAAAUGGAUGAGCUACAAAAUGAAAAUGCUAGGCUUAGAGAAAAAAUGCUUAGAUAUGAGAAUAAUGAAAAAAAUGCCGCAUCACAAAUGAACAGUUUGGAUCAAGAUGAACUGAAGAAGGAGGAAAGCAAAUUUAAGGAAGAAGAUGAGGAGGAGUUUAAAAACGAGGCUGAUCAAAUAAUAAUGCCAGGAUGUGCUGCAAUCGGUUGUCCAAAUUCAGCAAGAAAGGGCUUCAUUAUGAAACGGUUUCCUAAAGACCCCAAACGUAGAAAACAAUGGGCAGAUCAAUUGAAUAGGGGCAAAUGGUCUCCCACUGAAUGGUCAGCCUUGUGUGAGGUCCAUUUCAGUCCAGAAAUGUGGGAAAAAACGAAGAAAGAUGGCAUUGCAGACUCACCUUUAGAAAUUAAUGAAACAACAUUGAGCAACUCUGAUGAAUCGAUGCAGAAUGCUCCAGAACUCGUGAAAGGAGAAGACCCCCUUGAUAAUGAUUCUAAAUUUUCCAAUGAUUUGAAUACUGAAUCUCCAAAAAAAGUAUGCAGAGUAUGUUUGCAAUCCAAUGUGAACACAAUUUCUCUUUUGCAACUAAAUCCAGACGACGGUAGAAAUAUAAAUGAAGUUUUUCAAGAGUUAUUAGGAGAAACUAUUGAGCAAAUUUAUCAUUUAAAACUGCCACAAGAAAUUUGUGACAAGUGCCUAUUUCACCUAGGGCAUGCUUACAAGUUUCAGAAAAGUUAUGCAAAGACUUUGCAAAAACAAAACUGUGAAAAAGAUCCACUAAAUAUUACAUUAUGCAGAAUAUGCUUGGACUCAGGUGCAGAACUACCCUUUGAUUUGGAACUAACUUUAGACGAUGGUAGUACUUUAAAUGUAGUACAAGUCUAUCAAGAGUUAACUGGAGAAACCAGGGACCAAAUUUUUGAUUUAACAACGCCCCAACGAAUUUGUGAAAACUGCCCUGAUUCUCUAGUCUACGCCUAUCAGUUUAAAAAAGCUCUUAUAAACAGCACUCAAAUACUCGGGGAUUCUUUAUUAAACACUGAUUCAAUUUCUGAAGAUGAGGAUGAAUCUGAAACAAAAGAUAUUUUGACAAACAAAGAAAUUGAUCCUUUGGAAGAUGUGGCUGAAACAUUGGAGGAAUAUGAAGAGAUUCUAUUUGAAACAGAUGAUAAUUCCUCAAUCAAAAACAAGAUAGAAGAAAAUCAUAUUAGGCUUCACAGUUGUCCGAUAUGUUUUGAAAAGUUCCCCGCCUUAGAAUUGAAGCAGCAUUGUAAAAGUCACGACUCUUUGAAGAAAUAUUUCAGGCUGGCCCCAGUGUUCAAUAAAAAGAUUCGAUUCUAUGCAAAACCCAAAAACACUGUUUGCCUAUUUUAUAGAGACACCAUUCUCCACACUUGUCCAUUUUGUCUCAAAGCUUUCAGUGGUGAAGAUUUUAGAAAUCAUGUUAGAACGCAUAAGGGUGAUGGCAAUUUCAUAUGUAAACUGUGCGAUCGCAGAUUCCUAGGAAGAAACCAUUUGAAAAGGCACCAGUUGGCGCACAAGAGGGAAACUCCUUUUGAGUGCGAAAAGUGCGGCAAAGGAUUUUUCCUGAAGAAAAACUAUGACUUUCAUCAAUUUCAUCAUUCGAUGCCGCUGGAAUUACCUUUUCAGUGUAAGCACUGUUCGAAAUCUUUUGCCAAUCCUGAACAUUUGAAAAGACACAAUUUUACCCAUGAAAAAUCAAUGACUUAUAAAAAGUAUUACCCAAACAAACAAAACAUCCCGACUUGCAAAAAAUGCCAGCAAAAAUUCAAAACUCAAAAAGAACUCGAGGAUCAUAAGUGUUCCAUAAUUUGUGCUAAAUGCCUGAAACCAUUCGCAAAUAAAAAGCAAUUAACAAAUCACGGUUGCGAGGAACAACGGUUGCAAUUCGCAUGCAGGUGUGGCAAAGAAUUUAAGACUCUUUCGGCAUGUAAGUCGCACCGUUGUAAAAAAAGGCCAAAACAAUUAUGCAGCAUUUGUGGAAAGGAAUUCACCAAUAUGCAACAGCAUUUGCGGACCCAUAAUCAGCAAAAAAGCUACUCUUGCGACGUUUGUGAUAAAAAAUUCAUGUACUGGGAAAGCGUAUUGCGUCACAAAGUAGCUGUUCACAGGCCACCACAGACUUUCUCUUGUCAAUAUUGUGAGAAAAACUUCACAAACAAAAUUUACAUGAGGAAUCACGAAAAGAUACACACAAGAAAAAGAGAACAUGUUUGUGAAAUUUGUGGAGCCGAAUUUCUGUACCAAGUCUAUUUGCGAAGACACCAGAAAGUACACAAGGAUACAGAGUGGGAUUGGUAAUUUUAAAUGAUAAACAGACUGUGUUUGUGAUGAUUGUUUCUAAUUUUUGUUUAUGUAGUUUUGUUUAAAUAAUAAAAAACUGAAAAUUUCCA